AGAGAACCUUUUGCUAUGGGAGAAGCCCUUAACGGUAAAAACAAAGUGGACAUCAAUACCGAAAUGCGACUGGCAGAGCAGAAAUCGAAACAACUCAUAGAACAAGGUUGUUCUGCGGAAGAAACUGAACAAGCCAUGGAAGAUUUCGGAUCAAAAAGGGCACGGCUUUAUGGAUGGCCAAAUACAUAUGUCUUCACCAAAGCAAUGGGGGAAAUGCUUAUUGGACACUAUAGAGAAAGUAUGCCUCUUGUAAUCAUACGUCCCACAAUAAUCACAAGCACUUUCUCGGACCCAUUUCCUGGUUGGAUUGAAGGUUUAAAAACCAUAGACAGUGUGAUUAUAUUCUAUGGAAAGGGAAUGCUUAAAUGUUUUCUCGUCGAUCAAAAGACAGUAUGUGAUAUUAUACCGGUCGAUAUGGUGGUAAACGCAAUGAUCGCAACCGCAGCUGAACAUUUCCAUGAUUCAGGAAGUCAUACCGUUUACCAUGUCGGCUCAUCUAACCAAAAUCCGGUGAUGUAUAAACAAAUUUACAAGAUUAUUAUUCGUUAUUUCAUGGAAAGCCCCCUGGUCAUCGGACGCAAUGGUAUGCUUAUAGUUCCAAACGUUACAACAAUAUCCACAAUGGCUAGGUUCCGUGUCUACACGAACCUUUGCUAUAAAUUACCUAUACAGAUAUUGGGAUUACUUAGUAUAAUUUUUCCAUCGCAAAGAGAUCAAUAUGCACUUCACAACCGUAAACUCAAGAUGGCCAUGAGAUUGGUGAAACUUUACAAGCCUUAUGUACUCUUCAAGGGCAUAUUUGAUGAUAAAAACCUGGAAACGUUACGAAUCAAGAAUGAAGCCAAAGAGAUGGAGAAAUUGUUUGGCACCAACUCCAAAUGCAUUGAUUGGGAAGACUAUUUUAUGAUACACAUAUCCCUGGCCUCAUGACACACGUAUUCAAGAAAUAAACUUCAAAUACAAAUAUUAAUAUACGAAGUCAAGUCAAAAGAUAUUGUAUUGCAUUUCCAUGGGAUGAAGCCUACUAUAUAUAAUUAUUAAUUAUAUAAAUAAAGUCUAUGGAAAUUCGACGAGUAAUAUGUUGUCUUUGUUUACUCUGGUAUCUUGUAUUUGAUAAUACCAUAUUUGGAAUUUGUCUAUCUAAAAUCCUUCGGCUUGACUUUGGUUU